GCGUAAAACUCCUUCAUUCUGAAGAAGGCCAUCGAAACACCUAUUACUGUAACUUUAAAGGAAUGACAGAACAACCCCUGUGACUCUAAAUCCUUGGGCCACGGUGUCACAGAAAGGACAUACAAUGGCUCAGUGUAAAAACCUUGUUGUUAGUUUGCCUAAGAAAAGGUGUGUGCAAGAACCAUCCUUUGACUGUAAGAAGCAUCAAAAUGUUAGGAAAAAACUGAAACUGAUACGAAUAACAGGACUUCUCCUGGGAAUUAUGGCCAUUAGCACACUCUCUCUUUCAGUUAGUGCCUUUUUCAAGUUGGAACCUUAUAGCAGAGAAAUAAUGAACAGUCUAGGUAGCCAAACGUCAACACACACAUAUCAAAGAAUUCUUUUGAACAUUGAGGACCAGAAUCCAAAUGGCACUCUAGAUUCACCUGUUUUUAUGAAACAUGAUCACAACCAUUCCAAGGGAGAAUACCCGGAAGAUCUUUUCACUCUUGAAGAAAGAAGAAAGGGUGCUGUAAUCCUACAUAUUUGUGGAAUGAUUUACAUGUUCAUAGCCUUAGCCCUCGUCUGCGAUGAGUUCUUUGUUCCUUCACUGACAGUCAUCACAGAAAAACUGGAGAUUUCUGAUGACGUGGCUGGGGCAACGUUCAUGGCUGCCGGUGGUUCGGCCCCAGAGCUCUUUACUUCUCUAAUAGGAGUCUUUAUAUCUCACAGCAAUGUUGGCAUUGGGACGAUAGUCGGAUCUGCAGUAUUUAAUAUUCUGUUUGUUAUUGGGAUGUGUGCUUUAUUUUCUAAAGAAAUACUGCACCUUACUUGGUGGCCACUGUUUCGGGAUGUGAGUUUUUACAUCAUCGACUUGAUAUUGCUAAUCGUCUUCUUUUUGGAUAACUCAAUUAUGUGGUGGGAAAGCUUAACGCUUCUGAGUGCUUAUUUUACCUAUGUGACUUUCAUGAAAUUCAACGUGCAAGUUGAAGCACAAGUGAGAAGGCUGGUAACCAGGAACAAAGUGGAGAAAGUAACAGCAGACUCUGAAGGAAAGACUAAGCCGCGUCUCCAGCGGGGUGGCAGUUCUGCAUCUUUGCACAAUAGUCUAAUGAGGAACAGCAUUUUCCAGCUUAUGAUUCAUACCCUUGACCCACUUGCAGAAGAGCUUGGAUCAUAUGGAAAGCUAAUGUAUUAUGAAACAAUUACUGAAGAAGGAAGGUUCAAAGAAAGGGUAGCAAUUCUUCAUAAGAUGGCCAAAAAGUGCCAUGCGGAGGAUGGUGAAAAACAGAGUGGACGUGCUAAAAAAAUUGAACUACCCAACAGCACAAAAGUUGAAGUUGAAGUGACACCUCCAAACGAUACUUCAGAACCUCUGCAAAAUGGAAGCGCCUUUCCAGCAGACGAGGAACAAGAUGAUGAUGAUCAGCCACUAAGCCUAGCCUGGCCAGAUACCUGUCGUAAACGACUCACUUACCUAGCGAUUCUUCCUAUUGUUUUGCCACUGUGGAUUACCCUGCCUGACGUCAGAAAUGCUAAAUCAAAGAAAUAUUUUCCUGUAACAUUUUUUGGAGCGAUCUCUUGGAUUGCAAUAUUUUCUUAUUUAAUGGUCUGGUGGGCCCAUCAGGUUGGAGAGACCAUUGGCAUCAGUGAAGAAAUCAUGGGCUUGACCAUCUUAGCCGCUGGCACAUCUAUCCCUGACCUAAUUACCAGUGUUAUUGUGGCCCGGAAGGGGCUGGGGGAUAUGGCAGUGUCCAGUUCAGUGGGAAGCAACAUCUUUGACAUCACAGUAGGCCUUCCUCUCCCAUGGCUACUCUUUGCCACGUUUAACGACUUUGUCCCAGUGACGGUGAGCAGCAACGGGCUAUUCUGUGCUAUCGUCCUUCUCUUCAUCAUGCUGCUCUUUGUCAUCCUUUCUAUUGCGUUGAGCAAGUGGAACAUGAACAAAUGCCUGGGUUUCACCAUGUUUGGGCUUUACUUCUUGUUCCUGAUUGUCAGUGUCCUUCUGGAAGACAGGAUCAUCAUGUGUCCUGUGACCAUCUAAUUGGAAGGAGGUGCUGUUCUUGAACAGCAGCAGAAAAAGAAUACACCAACAACCCAAAACUAGAAACAAACAAUAAUGCAAUAUAAAGCAGCAUCUUUAGAAACCUCUAAUUUAAAACAGGAGGGGAAAGUGACUGGAGUCAGAUGUGGACAAGCUCAACAGAUCCUUUCACCACUAGUGAGCAAGAG